AUGAACCUGGUGGGGGGCUACCAGCAUCACCACCACCACCACCAUCACCACCACAUGCUGCACGACCCUUUCCUCUUCGGGCCGGCGGCGCGGUGCCACCAGGAGCGCGCCUACUUCCCCGGCUGGGUGCUCAACCCGGCCGAGGCGACCCCCGAGCUCGCCGGGCAGAGCCCUAACUACGGCCCCGCCGAGUACGGCCCGGCCGGCCCGGGGCGGCUGGAGGCUCUCAGCGGCCGCCUGGGACGGCGAAAAGGUGUCGGGGGACCCAAGAAGGAGCGGCGGAGGACGGAGAGCAUCAACAGCGCCUUCGCCGAGCUCCGCGAGUGCAUCCCCAACGUGCCCGCCGACACCAAGCUCUCCAAAAUCAAGACGCUGCGCUUGGCCACCAGCUACAUCGCCUACCUGAUGGAGGUGCUGGCCAAGGACAGCCAGCCCGGGGACACCGAGGGCUUCAAAGCCGAACUCAAGAAGGCGGACGGCAGGGAGAACAAGAGGAAAAGGGAGAUGCAGCCCGAGGUCUAUUCGCAGCCUCUGGGUCACGGCGAGAAGAAGCUGAAGGGCCGGACGGGUUGGCCCCAGCAGGUCUGGGCUCUGGAACUGAACCCCUGA